GUAAAUGAUCAAAAAGACAAUAACAAGCAGGAGUUCAAAUCUUCACCGGCAAUCAUCACUAUGGAGCAAAUGCAAAGAUCUCCAAUCCCUAAAGCAAAUUCACGCUUUGAUGAUCAUCAGUGGUUUCAACUCCAAUCGUUUUGCUCUCAGGGAGCUCAUUUACGCCUCUGCCGUUAUUUUUUCAGCCUCUAUUCACUAUGCCCACAAAGUGUUUGCACAAAUUACUCAACCAGAGCCCUUCAUGUGGAACACCAUGCUAAGAGGCUCAGCUCAGAGUCUCAGGCCUUAUCUUGCCCUUUCCCUUUAUACCCAGAUGGAAAAACGUUACAUACGCCCGGAUAGUUAUACUUUCCCGUUUGUACUGAAGGCAUGUACCAAGCUUUCUUGGCUUGUUUCUGGCCUUACCGUUCAUGGGAAAAUUGUGAAGCAUGGAUUUGAAUCUAAUAAAUUUGCGAGGAAUACCCUUAUAUAUUUUCACGCGAAUGUUGGAGAUAUAAGAAUUGCAGACCAACUUUUUGAUGGUUCUGCUAAGAGGGACGUCGUUGCUUGGUCUGCUUUGACUGCUGGUUAUGCGAGGAGAGGUGAAUUGGAUGUGGCAAGGAGGCUUUUUGAUGAUAUGCCAGUUAAAGACUUGGUUUCUUGGAACGUAAUGAUCACGGGGUACUUGAAGCAAAGGAAGAUGGAAAAUGCAAGGGAGUUGUUUAAUAUGGUGCCAAAGCGGGAUGUUGUGACUUGGAAUGCGAUGAUUUCUGGAUAUCUGCUUUGUGGCGAAAACGAGAAUGCGUUAAAAAUGUAUGCAGAGAUGAGAAGUGCAGGGGAACACCCUGAUGAGGUUACCAUGUUACACCUGUUAUCCGCUUGCACGGAUUCAGCAUUCUUGGAUGUUGGUGAGCAGAUACAUCAAUCUAUUAUCGAGAUGGGUGCAGGCGAGUUAAGUAUAUUUCUUGGUAAUGCACUUGUAGACAUGUAUGCUAGGUGUGGCAGCAUUAGCAAAGCACUUGAACUUUUUCAAGGCAUGAGAGAAAAGGAUGUGUCGUCUUGGAACAUAGUUAUUUUAGGAUUAGCUUUCCAUGGUCAUUCUGAAGAAUGUAUUUCUCUUUUUGAAGAUAUGAGGAGAGUGAAGUAUAUUCCUAAUGAAAUUACUUUUGUGGGGGUAUUAGUUGCUUGUAGUCAUGCAGGAAAAGUUGAUGAGGGCAGAGAAUAUUUCAACAUGAUGAGAGCUGAGUACAAUAUUGAGCCGAACAUAAGGCACUAUGGGUGUAUGGUGGAUAUGCUAGCGCGUGCAGGACUACUGCAUGAAGCGUUUUAUUUCAUAAGCUCGAUGGAGAUUGAACCCAAUGCCAUUAUAUGGAGAACUCUGCUAGGAGCUUGUAAAGUUCAUUCCAAUGUCGAGCUGGGAAGGUAUGCUAAUGAGCAACUGCUUAAAUUGGGAAGGGAAGACAGUGGGGAUUAUGUCUUGCUGUCAAAUAUCUAUGCUUCAAGAGAUGAAUGGGAUGGUGUUGAAAGGGUGAGGAAGUUGAUGGAUGACAAUGGGGUUUGGAAAGAACCUGGUUGUACUCUUAUUGAGGCUGAUGACACUCUCAAGAAUUUUUUGUUUGAUUAAAAGCUUAUGCACUCUUAGAAUUAAAAUUGGCUGGUCGGAGAUUGGGAGAGCUCCAUGUGUGAUCCACGACCAAUCUUAAUGCCCCUUUCUUAAACUCCCGCGUGAAGGUCCAUCCUCUGUGGAAGGGUACAAAGACAACACUUUUGAUCCAACUCUUCCUCCUCUUCACAUCAUAGACCACUGUAGCGCACGAGGCAUGGAAGUUUCAAUUCUGCUGUUUUUAUCAGUUGUCCAUUGAUGUUAUUGCAUUGAUCAUUUAGACAUUUUUGUAGUUCUUUUAUUGGUGCUUACACCAUUACUAUUUUGUUUUUUAAAGGAUGUGAUUGGGGUGUCAGGUAGUUUAGGACUUGAAAUAACUUUAUUGCUUGAUAUGGUCCUAAGCUUUUUACAGAAAAUUGAUCUACUUGAUGGAUUUUCAGCAAA